AUGGGAUUCACCUACGAUCCGCAGGUGCAACUAGCGAAACUCUUUCCUUCAGAGUCCUCCUUGGAUAACAUUGAUGAUGUUCUACUGUACAUCCAAAAACAUAAACAACAGCUGGCAUUGGACAUACAGAAAGAGACAGCCAACUAUCAGCAUCCUAUAAACCCACAGGAUGAUAUCCAUACACUUACGCUGACUUUUGGGGAGAUUAGAGACAAGUCUGCGGAUACACAAGCUAAGAUCUUGGCCAUGACUUCCAGCAUACAGCGAUUGGACAUUGUUAAGAAGAACUUGGUGCUUUCCAUGAAGGUGCUUAAACGACUCCAAAUGCUCGUGAAUGCCUACAACAGUUUGAAUGAGGUGGUUAAUACUAGAGACUACAAGCAAAUUGCUACGUAUUUGGGCGUCGUUAGAGAAUUGCUUGUUUUCUUCAAGCCAUACCGCUCAAUCGACCAGAUCGGCCUCUUGAAUCAACACAUACACAAGACCCAGAACAAGUUGGUGGAUGAUGUGUUCAUAGACUUUGAGGAUUCGUUCACCAACAACUUUUCAAGUGAGAAUCUCAUUUAUGGCUGUGAGAUCUUGCAAUUAAUUGAUGAAAAAUAUAAGGAUAAGCUUCUUCAAUGGUUCUAUAACCUUCAGCUUAAAGAGAUUCGCUCCAUUUUCUCAUCCACAGAAGAAGCCGGCAAUCUCGAUAACUUGAACAGGAGAUACAUUUUCUUCCGUAACGUGCUUUCAAAUAUCCAGACCAAUUAUCUUCUGGUUUUCCCAAAGCUGUGGAAUGUUGAUUAUGAGCUUGCCAAGUUGUUCUGUGAAAUGACCAAUAGCGAUCUCAAGGCACAGCUUACAAAUGUGGCAUCUUCUGAAGUCUUGCUAGACUCACUUACCAAAACUUUGGAGUUAGAAAAGUUCCUUAACGAAACGUUCAAGACGAACCACUUCGAGAAGAUUAUUCUGAUUGUCUUCGAGCCUUACCUUACCACCUGGGUCAACGAACAAGAUGGUGUUCUCAGUGCCAAGUUUAUGGAGUUUUACUCUGCUCCAAAGAUUCCUCAAGAACUCAUAUCGCCACAGACUGCUGAAGAUAUUCUUACCGUUCUUCGAGUUAAUAACGUUCCAAACUUUGCAAACUCAUCCUCCGAAUUGUUUAAACUUUUCCAGAAACUACUCGUGCAAAUCAUCAAGUUAUCAAACGGAAAGAUUUUGCUUGAUCUCGCUCGUCUUGAUCUCAAAUAUCUUCGUGAGUACAAUUAUAAGGUGUUAGUUCCUGUUUUGCAUCAGUCGGAAUCAAACCCUAAAGGUCUUGAACCCGUCAAGUACUUGACUAUGAUCCUUAAUACGGCUGACUAUGUCAAUAAUAACAUCAACGACUUGCAAGAUAAGUUUGUCAAGCUCAUUGAUGAAAAGUACAAGGAUCGCAUCGAUUUUGAACCUGCAAAGAACUUAUUCUUCGAUGUCAUUGGUAAGUCCAUCCAGGGACUUGUGCUGAAGGUUUCUCAUGACUUGCAGUUUACCUGGAGACAAUUUGAGAACAACGGUUGGGAGGCUAUGGAGUCUGUCUCUGACACUUCAAAUUACAUGGAAGAUUUCAUUAAUACCAUGAAGGAGGAUAACCGCGUCAUCUUGACUUUGAUCAUCAGAGACAGUUAUGUUAGAUCUUAUUGCGAUAAACUCGUGGAAAUGGUGGUUCAUACCUUUGUUAACAAACUCAAAAUUAUCAAGCCGUUGAGUAUCGUGAAUGUCGAGCAGAUCCUUGUUGAUGUGGCUGUCCUCAAAAACUACAUGGCUACAUUGCCAUUGUAUUCCGACCCUAAUUAUGACGACACCAAGCAAGGGGAAGAGUCUAAGCAGGCUCCUAAGGCUUAUAUUCGGUACCUUGACUCUCAGUUUGGUAAGCUUACAACUUUACUCAAGCUUUUACUUACACCUGUGCUUCCUGUGGACAACAUGAUCGAGAACUACUUCAAUCUUGUCGGUGAUAAGUCUUUGCCCAGCUUCACCAAGUUCUUGAACUUGAAGAAUAUCAGUAAAGCAGACCAGCCAAAGUACAUUGAGAACUUCAAGCUUCAGCUCACCAUUCCUAAUUCGUUAGCAGAAGAUUCUCACAUUCUUUCCAUCCUUGAGGAAGACUCCGAAGAAGAACAGCAAUCAUCGAAACAUCCAUCAUCCCAAGGGUCGCCCCAGCAGUUCGAUAUCAAGGAAUUAAUCUCGAGCCGGUCUCCUGAGCCUCAUCUUCCUGAUAUUUUCAAGACUAAUCCUACAAAACUUAAAAUCAAUAAUCCGCUCAAAGAUUUCUCCAUCAAUGGCGAGCAGCAUGUCAGUAAAUUCAACGAAAACUUCAGAAAUAUCGGAAAGUUUUUCAGAAAAGAUAACAAUAAUGAUUAUCACUAA